AUGAUGCCAGCAGUUCUUCAAGUUUUGAACCGAUGCGAUGGUUACGUUCCGUUCAAUACCAUUCAAGCUGCGUUGCAAAACGCUCCGGGUGGACGGAAUAUUUCGAACCUGCAAUUUAAAAUCGAGCACGCGUUAGAACAAGCUUAUUCCUUUGGAUUAAUCAACCGUUCCAAGUCCAACAAUGUGUACAAAAUUUCCCUAAAUUUGGCAGCAACAGAAACUCCUCAAUUCGAAGCAAACAUUAAAAAACUGAAGCGAGAGCUGCAGGUAGCAAGACAAGCACCCGCUGCACGACAGCAAGCGCAGGCUACUCAUCCCAUGGAAGGCACAUCCCAAGCAGCCGAUCCCGACGACCGCGACCCGUGCUGGGGCAGACCCAGGAUGGCUGAACAGCAAUUCAUCGCGAUGUUGCGACGGAUGGAGGCAAGAUGGGGUCGUGUUUCGUCCCCUCAGAAGAGUCGCUCAAGGUCAAGGUCCCGUUCGCGGUCGAGAUCGCCCUCCCGUCGUCGAUCUUCGGCACGUUCGCGGUCUCCCCGUACACCGUCACGAUCCCGUGACCGGAACCGAUUCCGUUCUCGCUGA